GGCGGAAGUGGCGGGUCAUUGGAGGAGCAAUAUGGCAGAGGGUGGAGGAGAGGAUGGUGGUUCUCCGCUGUGUAUGAUCGUUCUGGGGAUGGCGGGGUCCGGGAAGACCACCUUCACCCAGAGACUGACAUCGUAUCUCCAUGAGAAGAACUCCCCGCCGUACAUCAUCAACCUGGACCCGGCCGUCCACGAGAUCCCCUUCCCGGCCAACAUCGAUAUCCGGGACACGGUGAACUACAAGGAGGUGAUGAAGCAAUACAAUCUGGGACCCAACGGUGGGAUUGUCACAGCCCUCAACCUCUUUGCUGCCAUAGAGAAGAAGCAGAAGAAUUGUCGGUAUGUUGUGAUUGACACUCCGGGACAGAUCGAAGUCUUCACCUGGUCAGCCUCUGGGGCCAUUAUUACAGAAGCCUUGGCCUCCUCCUUCCCCACUGUGGUGGUGUAUGUGAUGGAUACAUCGCGCAGCGUCAAUCCGGUGACAUUCAUGUCCAACAUGCUGUAUGCCUGCAGCAUCAUGUAUAAGACCAAACUGCCCUUCAUCGUGGUCAUGAACAAGACGGACAUAAUCGAUCACAGCUUCGCGGUGGAAUGGAUGGAGGACUUUGAGACGUUCCAGGACGCCUUGAAUCAGGAGACGACGUACGCCAGUAACUUGACGCGUUCGAUGAGCCUGGUCCUGGACGAGUUCUAUAACGCACUGCGGGUGGUCGGCGUGUCGGCAAUGACCGGAGCCGGGAUGGAUGAAUUUUUCACGAAAGUUUCAGAGGCAGCAGAAGAAUAUGAGAAAGAGUACCGGCCGGAGUAUGAGCGUCUGCGCAGGUUGGCGGAGGAGAAGAUGAAAGAACAGCGGGAGCAGCUGGACCGGCUCCAUAGAGAUAUGGGCUCCGUGACGCUGGACCCCGGGCCCUCCGCAGAGGAGGACAUGGCGGGCCCCUCAGAUCUCAUCAUGAACCGCGGGAAUAUGGAAGACGACGAGCGCGAGGAUAGUGACACGGAUGACAUCGACCACACCGUGGCCGAGGAUCGGCUGGAGGAACCGGCCUUCCAGAACUUUCUGCAGCAGGCGAAGACUAAGUAUCGGGAGAAGAUGGAGAAGUGAUGACGGAUGAGUCGCUGUGAUCGGCGAGGAGCCGCAGUCAGAGGUCGCUUCGC